AUGCUGCCCUGCCCCUUCUCUCUUUCCCCUCCUCUCUCCUCAUUCCCUUGGUCCGUCCAGCUCUGGCUGGGUCGCUACAACCUGUUUGAGCAGGAAGACACAAAACAGUUUGUCCAUGUCAGUAAGAGCUUCCCACACACUCAAUUCAACCUGAGCCUCCUGAAGAGCCACACCACCUAUCCAGAAGAAGACUACAGCUACGACCUCAUGCUGCUCCCCCUGGCGGAGCCCGCACAGAUAUCAGACGCUGUGAAGGUCCUGGAACUACCCACCCAGGAACCACAACUGGGGAGCACCAGCUGUGCUUCUGGCCGGGACAGCAUCGAGCCACAUCCAUUUGUGUUCCCAGAUGAACUCCAGUGUGUGGACCUUGGACUCCUAUCCAAUGUGUGUGCCGAAGCCCACACCCAGAAGGUGACAGACCUCAGGCUGCGUGCUGGACACUUGACGAGUGGCAAGGACACCUGUGUGGAUGAUGGGGGCCUGCUGAUCUGCGAUGGCAUGAUUCAAGGAAUCACAUCAUGGGGUCACAUCCCAUGUAGCCGACCCAAUAUGCCCAGCGUCUUCCCCCAAUUUGUGCCUCCCCGGAGUGAAUCAAGACCACGGUGGCCAACCCCGGGAUGCCCCCCACCCUGUCCCUGA